AUGUACAGCGGUUACGGAGGUGGUUCAUUCAACAUUCAAGAUUAUGCACCAUCUAAUCCAUUGGGUAUUUGCGAAAUUAUUCCACUGAAAUUAAUUCACUUAUAAAGUAAUAAUUUCAGACUCAUUCCCCGCCUUUACGCCACAACCUACUCAACAGCAAGUAGAAGCAGAAGCUCCGCGUCCGCCUCAGCCCACUUCUUCAGAUCAUGCCCAGGAUAACAGAAGAUUUUUUCCUUCGAUGGUUCGCUGGAUCUAGCAGGAUCUGUACAAUAGUGUUUCUUGCAGCAAAAUGCAGCAGCUAGCCGUUCUCAAUCAAUCAGUGGACAACAGGAUAUGCCUGCCGCUCGAACGGAACGAAUGGUUGGUUAUCUGUGUUCCCUAUCUUUCAUGGUUUUCCGUUUUCAGAUGUCAGAUCCGAGGAAUAAAAGUACUGAGGAGCUGAGAAAAGAGUUCGAACGAGCACCACCGUACGUACCGACUCCCAUAAAUGUAAGCGUUUUUCAUUUGUAUCUAUCCAUGUCACCCCGUAAGCCAGUUAGUGAUGCACCGAUCCUCUCAGUCUCUCGAUUGUUUCAUUAUGCCCAUCUCUGUUUCUCACAUACUAACUAAGCGUUACUGCUCAAACGUUCUGUGUGGAUUCUGUGCCGGCAAUUUGCUGAUCACACCCAAGACUUCUACAUUGUCGCUCAUUCCGUGUGGUGUUCUUCAGGGUAACGAUGCAAGCGCGGGCAAUCUCCUGCCGCCCGUUCAGGCCGCUCCGAGCUCAUCGACUGCUAACAAUACAGUUCCGUCGCAAACGUCUGGACGAGGUCAGAACAGAGCGAAGCCGGAUCCAACGACUCAUCCAACUCGUGCAGCCCAGCAGCCAGACCAACCGCAACCACCACAACAAAAUGCCUUUGCCCUUCUGACGCAGCAGGAGCAACUAAUGCAGCAGCAGCUCAGACAAGUGUCUCAAAUGCCGGUGCGCCUUCCGAGAGCAGGACAACGUCCACAGGUCCCCGGGAUCCCUAAUUUUUUCGCACCGCCGCCAUCUGGAGUUAACGGACAUGGACCUCAAGGACCGCUCAUGCAAAAUUUUAACGUCCAGGGACUCCCAAUGGAGAAUGUGAAUAACGAUGCUGUGCUUAAAAUCAAAGCUACGAUAGCUGAUGCGCUGAAAACAUCAACGCCACGGGUGAUCGAAACAUGGCUGGAAUUCUCAAGUCCGCGUAACAUGCUGCCUCCCUUCCACGUUAGGCUCAGAAGAGAUGUUCUGCCAGCGGAAAUCGUCUGCCAAGCUUUCCUGCACAUGGGAAUUAUUCCGAGUCAGAAACUCAUUCACACGUUGCCACUUCAUGCUCGUAAUUUGAUACUCCAAAUCAUUCAGAACCGAAUGUCACAGAACCCGCAAUUCAUGCCUCAACAGAACGUGCCGCGUCCUCUCAACCCUCCUCCUUAUAAUCAAGGGAACUCGAAUCAAAUAUUCGGACCACCACAAGAAGGAGUACUUCCGCCAGUUUUCAAUGGACCUCCUAUGCAGUCGCAUCAAAUUCCGCCAGGGAUACCAAUGGCCCCUUCCGGACCGAUGUUUCAUCAAGGACGAGGACAGCCACCACCUCCGCAGUUCCAUCCGCAAGUUCCACCGGGAAGCAUUCAACCGCAUCCAAUGAAUCUUCACAAUUUCAACAACACCGGAGGACCGCCACCGGGUUUCGGACCAGGACCAGCUGGUCAUAUCAUGCACCAACAUCAGCUAGUUCAGCAACAAAUGCACCACAUGCACAUGCAAAUGCGCCAACAUCAAAUGACGCAAGCUGCCCCACCUCAACAGCAGAUUCAACAGCGAACACCGCCACGGCCAGCGCAGCGUACACCACAGCAGCGGAAACCUCAACCGGCUCAACGUCAGCGACCAGAACUUCAGACUCAGCAUCAGAACGUUACCUCUACGGUUCAACCGUCAGCGCCGCAAUCGGUCGGUGUAUCUGCUGAAGCUCCCCGAAACUCAAUGUUCGGAAUACCCGCCGAUGAGUCACCGCCACCAUCUGCCCAUUCUCCACAGCAAAACCUGGCCGAUCCGGAUCACGAAGUCGAUAUGAAACCUGUAACCGUGAGAAAAUCGAAUGAAGCUCAACAAAAGAAGAAAAAGAGAACUAUCGGUGAGUGCAUUCAAAUUUUGAAGUAUACUAGUAUAUAAACCUCAAUACUUACAGAUAUCAUCACAAUGGACGACGAUGACGAACUACAUCCCACUUCUGCACCGCCUUCUCAGUCGCGAGCGAUUCGAGUCAAGGCUGAGCCAGUCGACGAAGUGUCUUCUUCGUCUGGAAAUUAUCCAGACGGUCCUUCAACAUCCGGAACACGGUGCAUUGUGAAACAGGAGCCUGUCGAUCUCGAAAAUGACAUGAUACAAAGAGUCGCCGCAAUGAGAAGAGCAGAAAAAGAGAAGAAUAAGCUGUUUGCUGAAAUGCAGGAAGCACUUGCAAAAGCAGAGGCGGAGAAGGCUACCGAGGCAGCAAGAGCGGAAUCUGCUCGAAAGGAAAUGGAAGCAUGCACUGCGAGAAUGGCCAAAGAACGCAUGGAGUGGGAGCAGAUGUUUGUUGCCAAAAUUAAAGCUGCUGAGGACAGGAUAUUUUCGGAAGUGGAGAAAAAGUUUGAAGAACGUUUGGAGCAAACCGUGCCAAAAAAUGCAGUGCAGGAAACAGUGGCUCUCCCCUUUGAAAAGCCAAUCGGAACUGAAUCACGUUCGUCAUCUACCGAAUCGAUUUUUACGCCAAUACACAAGGGAAAGAAGAAGGUGGUUAUUUCUUCAUCUGACGAAGACGAGAGUGCUCCAACCACUCAAAGCAAUCUGGUUGAGCCAAAACCGUCGACGUCUUCCGGAUCGAAAAGGAAGAGGGAUACGCGCAAUCGUGCUGACGAAAAGGACGACUCUGACGACGACGUCAAUACGCAACAAGUGAGAAGAAGGAGGGUAAGAGUAGUGGAUUCCGACGAUGAAUGGAAUGCGCAUCAGUCUGAGGAUUCCGAUGAAACCACCUUCGGAGCUUCCGUAGAUGAAUCCUGCGACGAAUUUGCUGAAGAGGACGAAGAAGAAGACAGUAUGGGCUCUUUUAUUGCCAGCGACGACGAACCGAUCGAAUACGAAAAACCACGAAAGAGACGGCACGAGUCGUCCCGAUCGAAUAGUUUCUCGCCGAAAAGAUCGAAAAGCAGAAAUUUGUCUCGAAAGGACGAUAGGAAAUCGCAGAAAAGAGAUUCUUCAGUAAAGUCAAGAACAUCCGAUCGACUUCAGUCAUCCGAAUCCUUGCCGUCGACUUCAGCCAUUCUAAAAACUCAGGAGGAAAUCGGAAGGGAAAAUAUCCUGAAAAGGCAGAGAAGAGCACAAGUGUCUGAGGAUAACCGAAUGAAGAAAAUGAAGGAGAGGAUGAAUGUGAAUCCGGGAGAAUUCACCGUGAGCGAGAUGCGAAGAACUCGCGCAUCUCAUGCUGCGACGGUGGAGCCUCAGCCAUUGGCGGCAGCUCUUCUGGACGCGCUCAAAACAGCUCGAACGACAAGUAGCAGUUCGUCCAAGGUGAGACGACCGCGUUGAUCAAUCUGUGCAUCGGUUUUUUAUUUUUUCCACCUAUUGAAAAUCCUCCUGUUUGUCUAACCCGCGUCUAUUCAUGUUACUAACCGUAUAUGUUUCGUGAUUUUUUUUCUGCAUUCUUUUUUCCUAACACCAAUCUAUGACAAUAAAUGAGAUGAAUGUUCCAAUAAAAUCUCAGCUCGCAGGGGUCAAACGAUAAUUUUAUUGCAGCGGGAACGUAAUCUGUCGACAGAGAAGCGGAAGAAUCGAACUGAUGAGCGGCACCAGCAACCGUCAUCGUCGACACAGAAAAGAGCAGCGGCUCCGAGAACAGCUGAUUUCAGUUCAGUCGAAGAUCUGGAAGGAGUGCACGUGCCGGUCAAAAGAAUGGCUCAUUCGAACUCCAUUCCUGGCCCUGCCAAGAUUCGCCAGCCAACAUCAUCUACUUCUGCAGCGAGCAAACGUCUGACACAGUCUCAGUUGGAUGAAAAACGUCAUAGAGAAGCAGAAGAACGUAAGAAAAGAGAGCAAGCUGCCAACGAAGAGCUGAAAAAGAAUGUGAGUGCUGAUGAGAAAGAGAGAAGUUUAAAAAAGUGUUUUUUCAGAAGUUCCUCACACAAGAACAACAGUUUGGAAUGAACAAAUCUCGAAUAGGAUCCGCGCAGAAGGGCUCAGAAAGAGUCGCUCGGGCCGUGAAUUCGGUGCCGUCUACCAGCACUUUCGUCAAAAAAGUAAUUAAAAAGGAGCCGGGCACAUCGACUCCAGAGCCGCCAAAAGCACAACCACCUCCCCUUCUUGAUCAGUCGAAAGGAGCGGUCAGUUCGAGCGAAAACAGACGAACCUUCAGAAAUUAAAUAUUUCAGAUAUUCUAUAGCACUCGAAAGACUUUAAUUGAGGGCCUUUUCAAGGCUCUUAUCGAGAUUGGACAUCCGAAAGCCGCUGAAGAAGCUCAGAGAAUUGAACUGUCAGUGAUGAACAAAAAUCCAGGAAAGGAAAAGUAUUGGAAGGCAGGAUGCCAAGAACGUGUCAUUAUAAAAAGGACAAAACCAGCCGACAUUAUUGAAGUGAACCCGAAGGGUGAGUAAGCACUGAGCAAAUGAUUGAGAAAUUGGUCGUUUCAAAAAAAUGACCACAAAGGUCUUCUUUUGCAUAUGAGGAAAGGGUGAAGAACAAAUUAGGAAGCUGUGAGAUGGAAGGGGAAAAGACAUGUCAGAAUCUACGUCCUUGAGGGCGAGUGUGUGUACGUUUGUGAGUGUAUCCAUCGUCAUUUCUGGGCGCGCGAGCCAGAAUUUGUUUCGUCUUUGUUUCUCACUUGGCAACGAGCGAGUCGCCCGCCAUUCACUCACCUGCAGACGUUGCUUUCCGUCGACUCGUUUCCAUCAGUUUCGAUAGAAUUGCGUCAUUCUAAACACAAUAUAAUAUUGUUGGUCUCUCGCUUUCCAUUCCCAGAAAUGUAUGUUUAUCAAGGAGAACCAACAGUUCAAAGGUAUCAUUGGAUUAUUCUGCCCGUAAAACAGCGACAUCAUAAAUCCCCCUACCAAAUAGACCUUUCGCUUCUAACUACCACUCUCUGCGCGUCUCAUUUUUCGAAUGGGAUACGGUCGUCGUUGACGGCAUUGUGUUUCUGCAUUGAACACACAUCGUAUCACUGCCUUUUUAACACUUCAAAAGACAUGUGACUCGAUAAGACUUGUGGUUCCUUAUCGAUUUACCCCCUCCUUUUAUGCGGCUUCUCUGGCAGUCUCCAUGGCGCUCGCAUGUUUCUCUCCUUCGCGAGAGAGAGAGAGAAGGCACUGAUAACAGCCGUAUUUUCUCCCUCGCCUCUCUGCCGCGGUCACCCACGGACGUUCGUGUGCGGCGGGCACUCCUUCCCGUCCGUGUCUUUUCGAAACCAUUCGCGUUCCUUCGUAUGCGCAUCUGCGUCUCUUUCUCGUUUUCCCGUCGACCGUCUUGUUUUCCAUUCCCGUCUGUCUGUCUCCAAGGUUCUCUUGCAGAGCAUGAACAACGGCUAUCCGGCCGGCGUAUUUUACGCUGCCGGUCCGCCAUUCCGCAACAUCGGAAAUCAGAUGAUAACAGCGCCUUCGCAGACAAUGUGCGUACCGGCGGCCCCUACUCAUCCUCCACCUGUUUCUAUGCCCUUCGGUUGUUAUCAGCCGUCAUCAGUCUAUCCCACAUAUGUUGUCGUUGAUCAGAGGCCAAUACAGCAGAUGUCGUAUCCGGUGUGGGCUCAAUGUCCGCCACGUCAGUCUCAGCCGAUGCCAGUGCCCUACCCGCAGAGCGUGCCGUAUGCUCCUCCAUAUUAUUCCCAAAUGCCGUCACCGGUCGCUUUUCAAACACCACCGCCUCGCCAAAAUGAGCCAAUUAGAAGCAAGUUUCUUCGAUCCUCACAAACAAGCGUUUUCAAUACAUGUUUUUAAAAAUAGUGCUAUUGACAAAUAAUUCUUAACGAUUUCUCUUUUCCAGCUAUUUCCCACGAUAGAAUCAUCGCCGGCGGAACGAAAGAAAACUUCUCACUUCUCAAAGGCCGAAAGACUCACGUGCGGCAUCAGGAGCUGAGCACCGAAGAUCUUCAUCCACAUCUCGUCAGACUGAAAUUGACGGCGAGCGAACUCCAGCAAAAUGCCUAUCCGCUCUUUGUCAACAACACAAGAAUCGCUGAGAUCGCCGAGACGACUUAUACCAAGAACAAGAAAAUGUUUUUGGAGCAAUUCGACAGAAAGAGGACAUGCAGUCGGUGCAACAAGGAGUUCAGUCUGACGAAGGACGGCAACAUGAUUCGCGAGAAAGACAUCUGCCGUUAUCACAACCGACAAAUUGUUCGAGAGGGAAAGAAGCGUAAGUUUUUUUGUACUAUCGAAUAAAUACUAUUUUCGUUUGAACAUACGCUCUGUUCGAAUUUUUAUUCAACUUUAUCAUUUUCAGAGACAUUCAGCAAACGCUACCACUGUUGUAACGAGGAAAUCAACGUGGCUCCGGGUUGCAAAUUCAGUGAUGUUCAUGUUUUCGAUCAACUCUUCAAGGCUGAACUCGGAAAGUUCGUCUCGACGCCGGCUCCAUCAGCACCCAACGAUCCGAGAUCCAUGAAGGUUUGUUGUUGCUUCUCGGCUACAUCCAGGCCCAACCGUUUUCGUUUUAGGCGUAUGCUCUCGAUUGUGAAAUGGUGUACACUGUGGCCGGACCUGCUCUCGCUCGUCUGACGAUGGUUGACAUGAAAGCGGUGAAAGUGCUGGACGUCUUCAUCAAGCCGCCUACCGAGGUUCUCGAUCCGAACACUGAAUUCUCCGGACUCACUAUGGACCAGAUUCAGAACGCGGAAGACACUUUGCAGACUGUAAGUAAUGUCGAACCUCCGAUUUGGUCUUACUCUCGCCUUUUUCAGUGCUAUCAGAAGUUGUUCCGUUUCGUCAAUUCGGAAACCAUUCUCAUCGGACACUCCCUCGAGUCCGACCUGAAAGCGAUGAGAAUCGUUCAUCAAAAUGUCAUCGAUACGGCUAUUCUGUUCUCGGGAACUGAGCACAAGAAGGCAUUGAGAACGCUGUCUUCCGUACAUCUCUCGAAAACGAUUCAAGGCGACAAUGAGGAUGCUCUCGGCCACGACUCGCUCGAGGACGCCCGUACCUGCGUAGAUCUCAUUUUCUUCGGUCUCAAAAACCCUGAAUCUUUGGGAAGACGUUCUUCCCCUUCUUAAACUUCAUUUUUCUCUAUUCUGGGUCCCGAUAAUCCCUCUCACUUCCUCACCCCGGCGUACCCCAUGAAAUGAAUCUCGUCAGUCCGCUUUUCUUGGUUGGUUUUAGUUGCUUUGCUCUCUUGCUCCCCCUUUGUUGGCUUUAAAAUUGGGCUAGAUCAGCAAGAAUACUUUAAUUUGUCUUUAUGUUUUCAAAUGUAAUUUAAUUUUUCCAUAUACACAGUCUUCCAUAAGUAUCUAAAUAAUAAUCGUAUUUUCCGCCCUUCUUGGUUUUUUGUUCCUCUUGAACCAUUAUAUAUUUCCGCGAAAUGAAUUGUUGAUGGGAGAUUCAAUUAGUUUCCGACUGAAAAUGGUUCCAAUGGCCCUAUUUGGUUUUUGGGGAGCGUGCCGGCUGAAUGAAAAACAACUUUUUAGAUUAGAAUUUAGCGAUGUCAAAAAUAAUCGGAAAAAUAACCCGACUGCCGAAAACAUUGUACGAGCACAAAAAGAAGACGAUCUUCUUUUCGUUUCUCGGAUAUCUCGGCGCCGAUUGGGUUUACAGAUGGAAUCGGAAUCAGAGAAUUCGGAAGCAGUACGCGGAGAUCGCUGUCCAAUACGGCGAAAAGACUGUGUCGCGUUCGUGCCUUCGUGGUGAAUUGCCGUGGAAAAUAUGCAAUUUCAGCUGACGACCGUCCGAAACGGAUCUUUGUGUUAGUGAACGUGGAGGGAAACUCUCGAAGCUGCUUCGACGCAUUCAACAAAAACGCGCUGCCACUCUUCCAUUUGGCUGGUGUGCAAGUUGAUGUCGUGAAAGUGAGCCAUUCUGAAUUCAAGGAUUACGGGAAAAGUCGAAGUCAUUCAGGCAGACAAUGAAGCUCAGUUGGAGGCUUUGGCGGGAGCUGUGGACACGCAAGAGGCCGAUGUUCUCUACGUUGUUGGCGGAGACGGAACGAUCGGAAAAGUGGUGACGGGCAUCUUCAGAAAUCGGUACAAUCUUAUCCAGUUCAUCCUUUCCGCUUCUGAACAAACUUUUUCAGUGACAAAGCGCAACUUCCAGUGGGAUUCUAUCCGGGCGGGUUUGAUAAUCUGUGGCUGAAGCGAAUGGUACCGUCCGUGUUCGAAAAGUCGGAAGACGUUCGACACGCGUGUGAGACAGCGAUGGCAGUCAUUGAGGACCAGAAACGGAGUGUGUUCGCUUUUGAGAUGAACACUGAAGACUCGCAACAAGCGCCCGAAUACGGACUGGGAGACGUGAGUGCCGGAUGGUUCCGGCAGAUUGAGGACACGCGCAAGAAGUUCUGGUACUUUUCCAUCUUCAAACGGCGUUGGGCCUACGUCUGGGAGAUGCUGAAGAGAUCGCCUGCCCCGAUCGAGUGCCAUGUGGAAUACGAGGAAACCUGUGCGGGAUGCGAGAAGUGCCGUCCGAAGCCAGUGCUCGAGGCGCCCACGUGGAGAUGGUGGCACGUCCUCACUGGCGCGCCCAAAUACAAGAACAGUGACGGUGAGCACUGGGAAAUUAACAAAUAAGGCAAGAAAGCAAGUUCAAUUUACAGCUGUCCGAGAUUUCACCGGAAUUGUGAACGAAAAGUGCGGAGAAAAGCACGAAUUGGAAGCGAAAGGAACCGAAUUGCUCAUUGAGAACGAGCAAAUGGGCGAUUACUCGCAACUCCGUUUCCGGAUGGGCGGAACGGACGCCGGACGGACUGGUGUGAUUGCGGACGGAUGGAAGAGAUGUUCGGAGGGAAUUGUGGGAAGAAGCACGACCGAAGGAUUCUACUCGACCGACUUCCUCGCCAAUUCCGCUUCUUUCAAGAUUUCUGCUCUUCCGGUCAGAUACUCGUCUCCUUCUUCUCCUCUAUUUCGUAAUUUUCAGACCUACAUUCAUCGUCUCUACGUGUCGAGUGUUCCCACUGCGAAAGACGCCGAACUGACGGACAAGAAGGUGACAAUCCGUGGAACUCAGAAGAAAAUCGAAGUGUUUAUUCCAUCCGCCAUUCGAUUCGAACUGUGA